AUGUCCUCGCGACUUCCUGACAGGACAGGCUCCAAGCGAAGCCGGUCUCGCUCGCCUUCAUCAUGGCGGCCAUCCGAGAAACACGCCCGCAAACACGAUGAGAGAGACCGAUACCGCGACCCAAGAGACCGGGACGAUAGAAGCAGCCGGCCAUCGCAGCCGCCACCGAGGAACAUGAGGGACCAGGUGCGCCUUAAUCAGCUGCAGGAGGACGAACAAGUGCGCGAGUGGGUGGCGCAGGAGGACAUGUUUGUGCUCAAGCAAGCUAAGAGGAAGGCCGAGAUCCGAGUGAAGGAGGGUCGGGCGAAGCCGAUAGACUGGCUUACGGUUACGCUGCGGGUGAUUGAUCCCACGCGGGAUCCUCUUGACGAUGAGAUCGCGGACUCGGAGCUGGACCUGGUGGAUCCUGAUGGCGUUUUCGAGGGGCUUUCUCAGGACGAACUACUUGACUUGGAGAAGGAUAUUGAUACGUUUUUGAGCUUGGAGAAAAACUCGCAAAAUAGGGAUUUCUGGAAGACGAUGAAAGUCAUUUGCCGAGAUCGCCAAAAGAUCACUGCGCCCGAAGGACGUGCUCUUAGCUCCGUCGCUGCGGAUAUCAACAGACUUCUGAGUCCAAAGACCUACGAACAGCUCCAGACUCUGGAGGUGCAGGUCAGGAGGAAGCUGGAUUCGAACGAGCCCAUCGACACCGACUACUGGGAGGAGUUGUUGCGCAGCCUUACUGUCUGGAAAGCACGCGCUAAGUUGAAGAAGGUCUACCAAGCCGUGAUUGAUGAACGUGUGCGAGGGUUGCGCACACAACAACAAGAGGAAGCUGAAUCUGUUCGAACGAAGCUGGCCCCUCUUGCACCUGUCAUCCAGACGACUUCCGAGGACGCACAGCGGUCAGCAUCCAUCAAUGAGGUGGAAUUCCGCAACCUUGAUCCCGAACCUUUGCUGCAAAUUCGGCCGGAGGACAAGGGCUUGGAGAUCUUAGAUGAGGCAGCUUUCUUGAACCAAGUGGCGCGCGAGCGGCAAAAAACCCUGAAAAUGGGUUACAUUCCCCUUCGUCAGCGGCAGGCAGAGAGACAGUCCGCCGUCGCCACGAGUCACACAUCGAAUCUGCCGGUCGCCACUGCGUCCUCUCGUUUCUCUUCGAUACCCAACGAGGACUUCUCGCAGGCGACUAAAGCCCUUUAUGAAAGAGAGCUUGCGAAAGGAGUCAGCGAAAACGAGGAGAUCUUCACUGGGGAGGAAUCCGUCAGCACAGGCUUGCAGCCGCAAUGGGCUGGCAAAUAUCGGCCACGCAAGCCACGGUACUUCAACCGGGUGCAGAUGGGCUACGAAUGGAACAAAUACAACCAGACCCAUUAUGAUCACGACAACCCGCCUCCGAAGGUGGUUCAGGGCUACAAGUUCAACAUUUUCUACCCGGAUCUUAUCGACAAAACGAAAGCGCCCACGUACCGUAUCGAACGGGAGCACGGCAGGAAGCGCGGUCAGUCCUUCGCUGCGGCUGGUGAGGAGGAUACGUGCCUCAUUCGAUUUAUGGCCGGGCCGCCAUAUGAGGACAUCGCAUUCCGAAUUGUCGACAAGGAGUGGGAUUAUAGCGCCAAGAGAGAGAGGGGCUUCAAGAGCACCUUUGACAAGGGAAUCUUACAACUACACUUCCAAUUCAAACGAAUCUAUUACCGGAAGUGA